AUGGAGUUUAGUAGAAACACCUAAGAAUGUGUUGAUAAGAUUUGUGCAUCUGCUGAUCCUGUUACAUACACUGAUUUUGAAGAUUGUUAAGGUUAUAUCUUUGAAGGUAAUUGUACAUUAGGAGCUAAGAAAUAUGAAGAUUGAACAUUUACUGAAGGUGGAUAUUAAGCACUUGCAUUAUGUUCAGAAUAUAACACAGCUAAUUAAUGUAAAAAGAGUAAGAAUAAAGAUACUGAAGGUAACUUUUUAAAUUGCUAUUGGAAUGAUUCAACCAAAAAAUGUGGAGAUGCUAGUUGUGGAUAAGCUGAUGAUACAUUCACAACACAUGAUGCUUGUGAUACUUAUGGUAAUCCUAUGAAACUAAAAUGUACAGUUGAUAAAGAUGAUAAAGGAUGUGUUCCUAUUCCAGAUACUUGUGAAGGUAUGAGUAAAGGAUAAUGUGUUGAUGUUGACUCAAAAUUAAAUAAAUGUAUUUGGAUUGAAGUUGUUGGUAAUGGAUCAUGUGUUACAAGAACUUGUGAGAAUGCAGUCAGUCCUACUAAUUCUUCUGAUUGUAAAAAAGUCAUCUUUUCUAUUGUACAAUGAUUGAUACUGGAAGUAAGUGUAAAACUAAAGUAUGUGAAGAUUAUAAUUACACUAAUGAUAUAGCUUGUGCAGCACUCUUUAAGGAUAAAAAAUGUACUACAAAUGGAAAAUUUUAUGUAAACAGAGGAUCUUGUGCUUUAGCUUUAAGUUAAAAAGGAUGCACAAAAGAUUCAUCUGGUAAUGCUUGUGAAUGGAUUGUUCCAACUGAUACAACUAAAAUAGCUUAUUGUACAUUAAAGACAUGUAAUAAAACACCUAAAGAUUAUACUUCUGAAAGUUAAUGUUUAUAAUACUUUACUCCAAAAUCUCCUGGAGCUACUUUCACUACUUAAUAAGGUGGUAGUUGUGUUUAAAGAUCUACUUGUUCAGCAGCAUAAGUUUAAGCUGCUUGUACUUCUGAUUAAAAUGGAUUUAUUUGUGUAGAAAUUAAGAAUGUAAAAAUAUUUCUGGUACAACUCAUGCUGCUUGUUAUAAUCCUACUGAUAAGAACUUUAAAGGUAAAUGUACUGCUGGUAAAAGUGGUAAAUGUGCUCUUAUGUAGACUUGUGGAUUGACAACAGUAGAAGCAGCCUGUGUUUUUGGAACUGAUGGACCAUGCAUUUGGUUACCUGAUUAUCCUAAUACUGGUAGUAAUACUAAAGGUGCAUGUUUCCUAUAUGAUUUAUGUAGAAGUAUUUUGUGGAAUUCUUAUCCACUAUGUAAAUAUAUUUCAGAUAAAUGUACUACUAAUGGCAAAUUAUGUAUUGGUAUUAGAUUAAAUUAAAAAUGUAAAAUAUUUAUACUUAAUGUGCCAAAACUAAUGUAGAUGGAGGAUGUGUAACUGGUACAGAUCGAGACUGUAUUACAUCAGUUUAAACUUUAGGAGCAGCAAAUAAGGUUUGUACUAAAUAUGUAAGUUGUAAUUCAGCUUUAUUUACAACUCAUACUGAAUGUUUUAAUGCUAAUCCUAAUUGCACUACAAAUGGAACAUCAUCUUGUAUUGAAUUAGCAGCAUGUUCAACAUAUGUAAAAGAAGCUUGUCGUUAUAAUAAAGAUGGUGUUUAAUUGAAUUCAAGUAAAUAAAUUACUUCAACAGGCAAGUGCCAAUGGGAUGAAACUACAAGUGCAUGUAGAGAUUAAUAUUGUUCUGAUCUUAAAGGAGCUAAUCAUAAUGCAUGUUCAGCUUAAUUAAUUACAUGUACAAGUGAUGGUACAAAUUGUAUAACUUAAGAUUCAUUUACUAAAUACACUACAAAUAGCACAUGUAUCAAUUCUUUGGAUACUGAAGGUUUAUGUACUUGGAUUGAAGGUACAGGUGAAGCAGCUGGAACUUGUAGAGUUAAGACAUGUGAUGAUAUAACUGGUAGUACUUCUGCUUUGGCUUGUAGUAUUGUUAAUUCUUGUACUACUGAUGGAACUAAAUUUUUUAUUAGAGGAACAUGCGAUAAAUAUCUAACUAAAGCUGGAUGUAAUUAUAGACGAACUGAUGGAAUCUGUGUUUGGACUGAAACUACAACUUGUACUUUAACAACAGGAAAAUGUUCAAUAAUGCUAAAUUGUGCAGCUACUUCUAAGAUUCCAAUGCUUUCCAAUAAGCAUCUAAUAGAUGUAAAUGGACUUCUGGUACAGCAACUUUUGCUAGUUCUUGUGUUGAUCAUACUUGUGAAACUUAUAAUUCUUAAUCAGGAAAAUGUACAUAUUUCUCUAAUUGGGAUUCCACUAAAUAUACUAUAUGCCAUAAUGUAGCUGGUCAAUGUACACCUGCAGAUCCUAAGACAUUACUUGAAUCAGAAUGUUAUACUUAAUCAGCAUAUACACCAAGUUAAAUGCAUGUACUUAAUGUGA